AUGGGAGACAAUUACCUAAUAAGCAUCUUCCUAAUUUCUAUCCUCACUCUUGUCUUUGUUCUUGCAAUAAAAUCAAGAUCAAGACGACGACCCAAGAACCUCCCUCCCAGCCCACCUUCCUUCCCUAUCUUAGGCCACCUCCACUACAUAAAGGACCCCCUCCACCGGACCCUCCUCGACCUCUCAAAGAGGUAUGGCGGCCCGAUCAUCUCGCUCCAGUUCGGGUCGCGCCCGGUCGUCCUCAUCUCGUCCUGGGCUGCCGCCGAGGAGUGCUUCACCCGGAACGACAUCGUGCUCGCCAACCGUCCAAGGCUUCUGCCGGGCAAGUACGUCGCAUACGACUACACGACUGUCCUGACAGCACCCUACGGCAACCACUGGCGGAACCUGAGGCGUAUCGGUGCCCUGGAGAUAUUCUCCACGCAUCGUCUUGAUGCUUUCUCGUGGGUAAGGAAAGAUGAGAUAAGGAGGCUGCUGAAGAAACUGUCGACUUUGGGCACGACCGAGGAUUUCACCAAGGUGGAGGUAAAGUCCCUGCUGGCGGAUUUGAUUUUCAACAUCAUGAUGAGGAUGAUUGCCGGAAAGAGGUACUACGGCGACGAUGUAACGAACGUCGAAGAGGCGAUGCGGUUCAGGGAACUCGUAAGAGACCUUUCUGAGGCGGCUAUAGCAACUUAUCCUGGCGAUUUUGUGCCUCUCUUGCGAUGGAUCGACUACAAAGGGUACAAGAAAAAUGCCAUAAGGCUCGGGGAGAAGUUGGACAAGUUCCUGCAAGGUUUGGUUGAUGAGGGUCGGAGGAAGAAGUCCACACAAGAGAAUACAAAUACUAUGAUCGAUCAUCUGCUUUCUCUACAAGAAUCAGAGCCCGAAUACUACACGGACCAAAUCAUCAAGGGGCUAAUGUUGAUCUUUCUUGCGGCUGGAACUGACACAUCAUCAAUCACAUUGGAAUGGGCAUUGGCGAAUUUGAUCAACUCUCCAAGUGUUUUGGAGAAGGCGAAGGUGGAAAUCGACUCUGAAAUCGGUCAGGAUCGCCUGAUCGAUGAAGCCGAUCUACCUAAGCUUCGCUACCUUCAAAAUGUUAUGUCAGAGACCUAUCGGCUUUAUCCUGCAACUCCAACCUUGUUUCCGCACAUGUCAUCGGAGGCCUGCGACAUAGGAGGAUUCCACAUUCCGAGAAACACUAUGGUACUUGUCAACGCAUGGGCCAUUCAUAGAGAUCCCGAACUGUGGCAUGAACCGACGAGUUUCAUGCCUGAGAGGUUUGAGAGCCUGGGAGGCGAGGGGCAGAAGCCAUUACUGUCAUUCGGCAUGGGAAGGAGGGCGUGCCUUGGCGCUCCCCUUGCCCAUCGCUUGGUGGGUCUAACUCUAGGAUCCCUAAUCCAGUGCUUCAAUUGGAAGAGGAUGAGCGAAGUGAAGGUCGAUAUGUUGGAGGGCCAAGGCAUCACCAUGCCCAAAGCGGAGCCACUAGAAGCUCUUUGUAGAGCACGACAUAUUAUCGGAAAAGUAAUUUCUUAA